CUGUCUCGCGUGAUACUCGUCUUUUGUUUUACUAAAAAUUCCUUUUUCGAAAAUGAUUUAUCGUAUACUUUUCCUGUUCUGCGUCUUCUGCAGCACCUUUGGCGCCGUGGAUAUAAGGAAAUACCUGAAAGUAUGUGAUCGGAACUCCCCCGACGUGAGCGACUGUCUCGUGGACGCGGUGGCUGAGGGCAUCCAGACCAUGUCCAACGGCAUCCCGGAGCUGGGCGUACCCGGCGUUGACCCCUACCACCAGAAGGAGCUGAGGGUCGACUACUCGCGGAACCAGAUACAAGCAACGAUUACAAUGAAACAAAUCAUAGUAGCAGGCCUCAAAGCAUCUACUGUUAAAGAUGCACGGCUGAAGGCAGACGACGACAAGUUCCAUUUAGAGGUUGACAUGUUCACGCCGCGCGUGCGCGUGACGGGCCGGUACAGGGGGGAGGGCGGAUACAACGCCAUCUUCGUCAACACUACGGGAGAUUUCUCCGUUAAUAUGACUGACCUCACCUACACAUGGAAGUUAGACGGUAAGCCGGAAGUGAUCGACGGCAAGACGUACGUCAGAAUAAACAGCUUCUACAUGCAUCCCGACCUAGGAGACCUCAAGGCCGAUAUGACUAAUGAAAAUCCCGAAUUUGCGGAAAUAAUACGAUUGGGAGUAACUUUGUCAAACGAAAACUGGAGGACAUUCUACAAGGAACUGCUGCCCUACGCUCAAGCCAAUUGGAACAAGAUCGGAAUAAAAGUCGCCAAUAAGAUUUUUCUCAAAGUUCCAUACGACGAGAUCUUUCCCAACAAAUCCUAAACAGCCAAAAUUAUUAUUAACAAAUUAUCAA